AUGACUGGCAAUGAAGCAAUUAUUUUUAUGGAAAAAUCUGACUAUGAGUUUACUUCACUGCCAGUGAAACGUUGCAGAAGAAAAAAAUUAAUGGCAGGUGAUUUUAAUCCUGACUAUGUUAUUACAGAUCCAAAACAAGAAUUUAAAGUCAACACUUAUUUCAUGAUAAUUGAUGCAGCUAGAUUUCAUUCAACAGGUCAACAUUUAUUAAAAGAUAUUUCACUUUUUUCAACUGCUCAUUUAAAACAAACUAAAAAAGAUCCUACAAUGUUACCUAAAGACGCUUUUAAAACAUUCUGUAAUUUAUACUGCAAUUUUGUAAAUUAUGAAGAUUUGAGGGCAGAGUAUAUACAAUAUUCUAGAUCAUUUUUUGAGUUUGAAGAUGCAGUAGGGUUUCAACAAACUUAUAUCCAUGGCAAAAAAUAUACCAGUAACAAUGAUAGUGAACAUGAAAGUGAAGAGAGUCCAGAUUCAGAUCGGAAUGAAGAUGAAGGAGGGAUGUAUGUACACAAACAUAAUAACUUAGGAACUUUACUACAUAUGCUUCAAGUGUGUCAUAAAGCAGGGUUAAAAAAUGUUUUUCCAUGCCUUUAUGACGCCUUACAUAUUGCAUGUACAUUACCUGUUGCAAGUAAGACGCCUGAAAGAACUUUUUCUAAGUUAAAAAUAGUUAAAAAUAGAUUAAGGACAACAAUAUCACAGGAUCGCUUAGAACAAUUAUUAAUAAUGUCAUGUGAAUCAGAUAUAGAGAUUGAUAAUGGUCAAGUUAUUGAUAUAUUUGCUAACUGCAGUUCAGUUUUGAAGAAACAUCUUAUAUAG